CGCCCGCCCUCCCUCCACACCGGCGAAUCACCCAUGGCGGUGGCGGCGGAGCCGCAGUGGGUGCUGAUGGCCACGGGCCGCUCCCCGACCAACAUCGCCGUCAUCAAGUACUGGGGCAAGCGGGACGAGGCGCUCAUCCUCCCCGUCAACGACAGCAUCAGCGUCACCCUCGACCCCGACCACCUCUCCGCCACCACCACCGUCGCCGCCAGCCCCGCAUUCCCCUCCGACCGCAUGUGGCUCAACGGCAAGGAGAUCGAGUUAUCGGGUGGGAGGUUUCAGAGCUGCCUCAGGGAGAUCAGGAAGCGGGCCCGUGACGUCGAGGACAAGAAAAAGGGGAUCAAGAUCAAGAAAGAGGACUGGGAGAAGCUGCACGUCCACAUUGCGUCCUACAACAACUUCCCAACCGCUGCUGGUUUGGCCUCUUCGGCUGCUGGCUUUGCUUGUCUUGUUUUCACCCUCGGUAAGCUAAUGAACGUGAAUGAAGAUUAUGGAGAACUUUCUUCAAUAGCAAGGCAGGGGUCUGGAAGUGCUUGUCGCAGUAUAUAUGGUGGAUUUGUGAAAUGGUGUAUGGGAAAAAAUGACAAUGGAAGUGAUAGUAUGGCAGUACAAGUUGUUGAUGAGUCGCAUUGGGACGAACUUGUUAUAAUCAUAGCAGUGGUCAGUUCAAAGCAGAAGGAAACCAGUAGCACCAGUGGGAUGCGAGACAGUGUCGAAACAAGCCCCCUAUUGCAGUACAGGGCCCAGACUGUAGUGCCAGGUCGGAUAUUGAAAAUGGAAGAGGCUAUCAAGAAUCGUGAUUUUGAAUCCUUUGCGAGGUUAACUUGCGCAGAUAGCAACCAGUUCCAUGCUGUAUGUUUGGACACUAGCCCGCCCAUCUUCUAUAUGAAUGAUACAUCACACAGGAUAAUUAGCCUUGUGGAAAAGUGGAACCACGCAGAAGGAACCCCACAGGUUGCCUACACCUUUGAUGCUGGGCCUAACGCUGUCCUAAUAGCACGGAACCGCAAAACGGCUACCCUUCUCCUCCAGAGGCUCCUAUACUGCUUCCCUCCUCAAGAUAAUGACUUGGACAGCUAUAUGCUCGGCGACAAAUCGAUCCUAAGUGACGCGGGACUGCAGUCCGUAGCCGACAUCGAGGCCCUUCCAGCGCCUCCGGAGAUGAAGAUGCCGAACCAAAAGUUCAAAGGCGAUGUAAGCUACUUUAUCUGCAGCAGGCCUGGGGCUGGCCCCAAAGUUCUCGCUGAUGAGAGCCACGCAUUGAUCGAUUCAGCCACAGGACUGGCAAAAGGAGUGUAAUUUUAGAUGAUUAUUUGUUCAAUGUUGUAAGUUUAUGUAAUAUUGGCUCAUGUGUUUGGCAUUAAUGUAAAGACUUCACGUUUCUUGUACA